AUGUUCGGGUUGAGUUUUUUACCAUUGCUAUUGGCUUUCGGUGCAUUGAGUUUACUUUAUACAGUCGGGAAUCCAAACGGUAAAACAAACAAUACAAACAACAACACACAAUUAAUAAGGUUCGUGAUAAAUAAUGAUACGAUAAGAAAAAAAGAAACGAAUGAAAGUUUAUUAGAAGAAAAAAAUAAAACAUUUUGGACGAAAAUAAAAAGGCAAAUAUUUGAAGAAAAUGGAGUCGGAAAUAUGACGAAAAAAAAUGGAGAAGAAAAACAAAUAAAAAUAAAAAAAAAGGAUUUUAAUGAUAGAGGAACGCCGGUUAAAUUAAAAUCUGGAUUAUUUGAUUCCUUGUUGAAAAUGUUUCAAACGCCAAAAUUAAAAGGACUCGUUGAUGAUAAUGAUGAUAAUAAAAACGAUGGUAAAAAGAAUGAUGAUGAUGGUGUCAACAUGGCAAAACAACCGGUAAAAAAACGUGAAAAACCUUUUAUUUUUUUUAAAUUUUUAUAUAAAAUACGUAAAUCCCCAUUGCCGAACACGUCGACGAAUGAUAAAAAAUUAAACGGGAAGAAAAAAAAAAAGGAAAUAACAAAAUCGAAAAUUUUUUCACCAUUCGAUGGAUUCGAAAAAGAUUUUUUUAACGAUGGUAUAAAAGAAAAUGGCGAUAUUGAUUCGUUUUUAAAUGAUUUUUCAAUAUUUCACGAUGAUCCGUUAAUGAUAAAUGAUUUUUUAAAAAAUGGCGAUACGAGCGUGAAAAAUUCAAUAUCCGAUGAUAGUUCGCCGAAUAAAAAAAAAUUAAAAAGGAUAAAAAGAAUGAUGUUGAAAAAAUCGUUGAAUAUAAAAAACGAGGAUUUGAAAUUAAUAUCGGAUAUAUUAAACGAACCUUUUUUAAAUAUGAAUUUUCACGAUCGUGAAUAUUCGCCCGUUGUUAAAUUUUUCGAAGAAAAUCCUAAAUAUUUAAAUGAUGAAAAAUGGAAUGGAAAUAUUAAAAUACAAAGAAACGUUAAAUAUUUUGACAAAGAUAAUCCUUUUUAUAAAGAACCGAUAUCGUUCUUUGAUCAAGUUAUAUUUAAAACGAAACAACCUAACCAAUCACCAUCGCGAGAUUUAUUUAUUGAUGAAUUUAAAAAAAAAACGGUCAAAAGUGAUGAAGAUUCAAUCGAUAAGAUGAUUGAUGUUCCUUUGAAAUUUGCGGGUACUUGA